GAAAACUCUUGAGCCACCUUUCCAAAAUGAAAACAAUUUGAUCGUGCUCAAAUCUGGUGCAUUUUAGUACAUAGUGUGAUUUGAACGAGUUGCCCGUAAACAACCAAUUUUUGUGCAUCCGGACCAGACCGAUUGAUUUCGCCUCAUCACCUGCCGUUCGGGACAGUUGCUCUGCGUGUCGCGAAGGCCUUCAGACACACACUUAUCAUGAACGGAGAAGAUAUUAGCAUUGCGUCUACCUUAGGAAACCUUGAUUGCAGCCCCCACAUGACUGACCCGCCCUUUCACACACCCAGCUUUGGAGACGAGGGUUUUGAAAUCCACAACAUGAUUUCCUCAGCGCCGCUCGUCUCCCAGGGGGAGAUGACCAUGCAAAACUCGUACCAGCCUAGCCAAAACCAUCAGAUGUCCAUGCACACGAUGGAGCCCAACAACUACAACAACCAGAUUUACAUGAGCGAAGAGCCCCAAACCUCUCAGGUGUACAGUGUUCCUGCAAACGUGGCCCAGUACAACAACCAAAUGUACCAGCCGAUGCAGAACCAGCAGCAGCAGCAGCAACAGCAGCAAAUGCUGAGCCCAAUGGGCCAGCAGACCCUGCUGAUGGCACAGCAGCAGCAAUCGCCGCAGCAGCAGUACGCGGCCGCGCCCCAGCAGCACCCCCAGCAACAGGGCCAGCCACCCCCGCAGCAGGGCGAGCUGUGCACGAGCGAGGACAGCGACGACAGCAUUCCCAACGCCAACAACAUGUAUGCGACGACUGCGCCGAAGAGGCCAAGUCCCGAGCCAAUUGACAGUAUAGGCAAAAACGCCAAAAAACCAAAGGUGCCGAAGAAGAAGAAGAAACGAGAUCCGAACGAGCCACAAAAGCCUGUGUCGGCGUACGCGCUGUUCUUCAGGGACACGCAGGCGGCCAUCAAAGGACAGAAUCCGAACGCGAGUUUUGGCGAAGUGUCCAAGAUCGUCGCCAGUAUGUGGGACGCCCUGGACGUGGAGCAUAAAAACGUGUACAAAAAGAAAACGGAGCUGGCGAAAAAGGAGUACCUCAAGGCUUUGGCCGCUUAUCGAGCUACUUUGGUUUCAAAGGAGGGCAACUCUGAGGGCAUGGUGCAACCACCACACGCAGCGCCCAUGCAGCAGCAGCAGCCGCCGCAGCAGAUGCAGCAGCAGCAGCAGAUGUACUACAGCCCUCAGCAGCCGCAGUACGCGCAGCAGUACCCUGGGCACCAGUACCAGCAGCAGCAGCAGAUGCAGCACGACAUGAUGGGCCAGGCGCCCCUCACGCCCACCAUGGCCCCGGACAUGUUCCACCACCCUCAGCAGCAGCAGCAAUACGCACACCAGGAGCAUCUCCACAUCCACGAGCAGCAACGCCAUCAUCUCGAGCAGAGUCAGAUGCCCCCUGACAACCAGGGCUGGAACACGCAACCUGCGCAGAUCUGCAUCAGGGCCGGAUGCCACAACCGCGCCAUCAGCAAUGCCGAGUGGCAGGACGAGUACUGUUCCAAUGAAUGCGUUGUAUCACAUUGCAGGGACGUCUUUUCGUCAUGGGUGUCGUCGAAUCAGCAAAAUCAACAGAACUUCUCCACUGUAAAGUAACACGGUUUAGGGACGCAAAGUAUUAACUAAAAUAAUUCUCUUGUUGAAUCUAAUUUUUUUGAUCGGGAUUGCUGCGAAUUUUCGCAUUUCUCGCGCAGACACACUAUACUUGCUCUAUCAGUUGUAAUUUAUAUACACCCACACAUGCAUUCAGUAUGAUAAAAAAAAGAACACAUAUACAUAUAUACUUACCGAGGCAGACUGCGCAAGAUUUUUCGACUCGUGAAGCCAAACACAUAUUUAUAUUUAAUGUAAAGCCGUAUUAUAAAGAUGGAAAGUAAUCAAAUUUGCUCAUUAUCAUAAUAUUACUCCAUAUUUAGAAGAUCAGUGGUCGGAUGGAAACUGCUAGUCAAAAUUACCGACUGUGUUGUGAGAAAAAGCAACAUUUUGAAAGUAAAAAAAGUAAAACUGUAAAGAAGAGGCUUCAUUGGUUAGAGGUUGUGUGUGGACUGCAAAAACUACCUAACUGUAUACUUAAAAAAAUGAUAUUUUGCUGGCGCGACUGAUGGGAAAUGAAUUCUUAAUUGCAAAAAUCAACAUAUUUUCCACUUGCAUAUCGCAUUUUUGUGUGUGGAAGGUGAUCACCCAUGAUUGUUUGUUUUUCGGUUGGUUCGUUUUGUUAUUGAGAAAUUUUAACACUCAAAGAAAGCCCCAAAGGAAAUCUUUUUUUAAUAUAUACAUAUGAACUAUAUAUAUCAUUUGCAUGAUGUGAAUUUUUUAAGAAAAGGCAAAUAAUUGAAAAUAUGUUUUAGCAGAUAAGCAAAUUAUAAGAAAAUAUAUUUAUUGCAAUCGGACGUAGCGCGCGAAAUGAGAGAGGAGAAUCAUCAUGUUAAUAGUAAAAAUAUUAUCUGUUUCUUUGUGUAGAAUUUGUGUACAGGUUAGUUUAAAUUAUUGCUUAGCCAUUUGAAGAUAUAUGAAGGAGCGAGAGAAAGGAGGCGGAAAGGAGAAUUCAAAUCAUUUGUUACGGAAGGAUCGCUUUGUCAAGACUAGCGCAUGCUAACUUUUAUUUCCACCAUUUAAACCCUCUGACGUGUACCCUUAAAACAAAGUUGCUCAAAAUAUCAAACUGCAUUGUUGCGAGUCUCGGCAGACCGGGUCCUUCCGCAAAACAGACCGACGGGCUGGAAAAAUCACAAAUCUGUUUCUCUUUUCACGUGAACGGCGGUGAAUCUUUUGGAUGAUGAAUUACAUUAUAAUCAAAAAAUAAAAGCAGUUAAUUAUA